CGGGCCAUCGCCUGCCCGCCGGGUUUUCCCCCCCUUCCUGGCGGUCCGUCGUUCGCAGCCGCCCGUUAAAAAGAGAAGGCAAAAUGGCCGAGCUGGGCAGCAAGGGGGUCACGGCCGGGAAAAUCGCCAGCAACGUCCAGAAGAAGCUGACCCGGGCGCAGGAGAAGGUCCUUCAGAAGCUUGGUAAAGCAGAUGAAACAAAAGAUGAGCAGUUUGAACAGUGUGUGCAGAACUUCAACAAACAGCUGUCCGAAGGCACAAGGCUGCAGAAGGACCUCCGAACUUACUUGGCCUCCGUGAAAGCUAUGCACGAGGCCUCCAAGAAGCUGACAGAGUGUUUGCAGGAAGUUUAUGAGCCAGAUUGGCCUGGAAGAGAUGACACAAAUAAAAUAGCAGAGAAUAAUGAUCUCCUAUGGACAGAUUUCCAUCAGAAGCUGGUGGAUCAAGCACUUCUGACCAUGGAUACAUACCUUGGCCAAUUUCCAGAUAUCAAAUCUCGUAUAGCAAAGCGAGGAAGGAAGCUUGUGGAUUAUGACAGUGCCAGACACCACUUUGAAGCCCUGCAAACUGCAAAGAAGAAGGAUGAAACCAAAAUUGCAAAGCCUGUUUCGCUGCUUGAGAAAGCUGCGCCUCAGUGGUGUCAAGGGAAGCUACAAGCUCACCUCGUUGCACAAACUAAUCUGCUCCGAAAUCAGGCUGAAGAAGAGUUAGUAAAGGCUCAGAAGGUGUUUGAAGAGAUGAAUGUUGAUCUGCAGGAGGAACUGCCUUCACUAUGGAAUAGUCGUGUUGGUUUCUAUGUCAACACAUUCCAGAGUAUAGCAGGCCUAGAAGAGAACUUCCAUAAAGAAAUGAGCAAGUUGAACCAAAAUCUUCAUGAUGUCCUGCUGGGUCUAGACAAGCAGUACUCAGGCAAUGCCUUCCCUGUUAAAGCACAGCCCAGAAAGAAAACUAAACUGUUCGCCAGGCUGAGGAAAAAGAUGAGCAGGUACCGUGACAGCACCCCAGCGAAAGCAAAUAAAAGCCCCUCGCCUCCACCAGAUGGAUCUCCCAUCACCAGCCCUGAGACCAAGACUGUCAACCAUGAGCUGGAACCAUCCACUUUGGAAGCGCCUGGGGCAAGCAUCCCAAAGUCACCAUCUCAGUUGAGGAAAGGGCCUCCGGUGCCUCCGCCUCCAAAAGUCACCCCCUCCAAGGAGAUCAAGCAGGAGAACAUCAUCAGUCUGUUUGAUGACAAUUUUGUCCCUGAGAUAAGUGUGACAACCCCUUUGCAGUUUGAUGCCCCUGGGCCCUUCCAGGAGGGAGCCAGCCUGUUGGAUCUGGAUUUUGAUCCCAUUAAACCAGAUGCCACUGUGGGGAAGACCCCCACACCCGCCUCCCAGUCUUUACCUUGGGAUUUAUGGGAGCCUGCAGAAGCAGCCCAUGCAGGAGCUGAAGCAGCUGGAUCAGAAGCAGCAGCUGGAGCUGAAGCAUCUAAAACUGAAGCUGACUCAGGAUCGACCUCUCUGCCUGCUGUUGUUGUGGAAACUUUCCCUGCGACUGUCAAUGGCGCUGUGGAAGCAGGUGCUUCAUCUGAAAGAGCUGACAUGCCCCCAGGAUUUCUGUUCAAGGUCCAGGCCAUGCACGAUUACACCGCCACCGACAGUGAUGAGCUGCAGCUGAAGGCCGGGGAUGUGGUGCUUGUGAUUCCAUUUGAGAACCCUGAGGAGCAGCUGGAUGUGGGUGCAACAGCCAUGAACUCGAGACUCUCCAAGCUGCAGAGGGAUGAAGGAUGGCUGAUGGGUGUGAAGGAGUCUGACUGGAUCCAGCAUAAGGAACUUGACCAAUGCCGAGGGGUUUUCCCAGAGAAUUUCACAGAACGGGUGCAGUGAAAGCUCAAGUCCACCAGCUGCAUUUCUGCUGGAAGAAAGCAAGUUUUCUGAUAGAUAAUUGAAAAAGAACAACAGAAGGAAAAGAAGAGAGAAUUUUAAAGGAUCAGAAGCCUGAAAAAAGUCAGCUUAAAGGGUGUGUUCUUCUCAAAGGGCAAGGUUUCAGAAGUAAAUUGAAAUUCAAAGUGUUAUUGAAAUAUACACAUAUUAAUAAUAAUAAGGCAAUUCAGAUACCCUCUUUCCCCUUUGGUUUAAACAGCAUUUGAAUUCAAAGGACUGAUGCAGAAGCAACUCAGUGUGGUUCUCUAAAUACUGCAUUGACUGAAUUGGUGAGAUGUCAGCCUGAUUCCUGGAAAGGCAGUAUUUGUCUAACAGCUUGAGUAGAAGGUGCAUUUGCUCUUGGCUGGGUUAAUCUGUUUUGUCUUGAAGGUGACUUGCAUGGCAACCAUAAAAAUUCAGCCUUCCCUACAUGUUCAACCUACAGUAGGCCAGACUUUCUGUUAUGCUGUUGAAGAAAAUACUUAGUGUAUAGUGUUCACCAAUACAAUGUAUGUGUGCGCGUGUAUUUUAUUUUCUUCCUUUAAAACAAUGUUACACAAACUGUGAUUUUCGUAUAUGUAAAGACAGAAGAAACUACAUGGAAAGGGCAUGAAGAAGGUGAAAUGUGUGAAGCUGUGCUCAGUCCAAAGUUCUUUCAAAUGCAGACACUUAAAUUCUCACAGUAGUGUUGGCCUGUGAAAUCCUAAGGGGAAUGGACAAAUUCAAGAAGAGAAGCAAGGAAAAACAAACAUGCUAUUUGGAUGUCUGUGAAAUUUAGGAGAGGGAAUCCUCUGGCCCUCCUCCCCAACCCUGUAGGUGAUUUCAGAAAAGCUUAGAUUCAUGUAGAUGGAAGAUAGCUCUAAAAUCUACUGGUUAGAAAAUUUGCUUUUAAAGAAAGACUUAAGGGAAGAAUUAUUUUUUUUCCUGUAAGAAUAUCUCAGAAAAAACACCGAGUUAAAAACAACUUGCUUUCUGUGUUUUUCAUUGGCAUUGUUUUUUGUGGAAUUGUAUUACUUAUUUUCCUUUGAAGAGUUCUGUAAGUGAAAUAUCAUUAGAUCAGCUUUCUCCAGUGCUGUGCUGAUGAUCAAGUUAACCUCUAUAAAAACUGGACUCUUGAAAUGCUCGUUUAAAAUGGCUGCGUGACUUCAGGAUGUUUUAAUGCAUUAGAAAGGAAGGCACGAAUAUAAAAGUGUCAGUGUCAAGGAGACACUCCGCAGUCUAAUACUGAUGCUGAGUCCUUUCCUCUACCUUUCCUUUGCUUCUGUUUGUUUUUGAGUUUUGUUUUUUGAGUUUAGACAAGCAGAUGACAAGGCUAUUUCUAAGUGCAUAUUACACUUGUUAAAAUAAGCCGGUCUGACUCUCCAAGACUCUAAAGUCCCACAAAGGUACUUUAAACUUUACUUGAAUACUGAUGCAGCUGGCAAGCAAGUCAGGCUAUUUUAAUUUUUUAUGGCUUCCCCUCUUGCCCCAUGAUUGUUUUGCCCUGAGGGAUUUUUAACAGUGAGGUUACCUCCUGCUGCAAAGGGACAGGAUUACUCUGAAAUUAUCUUCUGAACUGUUAGGAGUUGGCUUUUGUCAAAGCUGCACAAAAUGCUGACAAAGACUACUGAAAAGCCCACCUUUUCCAGUCUGUUUGGAUUACUCAUAGAACAACAGAAAAAACAUUGUAGGACAAAAAUUGUGUUUUUUAAAAACAAUUAGUUCAGAGGGACUGAUCUGAUUUUGAUUAGCAAAUAUAUUCUUAUAAAUGCAUGAAUUGUUGGAGUUCCUCCUGCUUUCAGUUUGAAAGAUGAUCCAUGCUAGCUAUUUACAGCAAUUAAUAGAUAUCAAAUCUGUUCUACAUACCGAAAUCCCGUCUCCUUUUUUCUUUUUUUUCUUUUUUUUUUUUUUUUUUACUAAAUGUGCAGGAAUUCAUUUUACAUCACUGUUAGAAAGCCCAAUCAUAUUUAGGAGUAACUGCUCACAAUACAGAAGGACUGGACUCCACAAGUUGUAGUAUGGUGAGCUGUUACUUUAGAAUACUGCCCUGUUUGAUAUAUAUAUUUUUUUUUCAUCAGGAUUGUCUUUAUUAUUACUCUUUUUUUUUCCAAAAUAUCUAUUUUUAUGCAUUGUGACUCCCAUUACUCCUUUGAAGAUUAUUCAUAUAAAAUAUACAUUUAAAUAUUCAUAGAAAUAUAUAUAUAUUAAAAAGCGGGUUGAUCCAAUUAACAUAAUGCUGUCAGCUUAAAAUGUUUAUUUUUAUGCAAAACCUGUGGAUAAUAGCUUUCGAUUUUUUAAAAGAAAGACAAGAUUCUAAGUACCAGAGCUGUGAUUUUUGUCUUGUAGUAAGUGUUCUAGACCAUUUAGAAAGCUGUGCUGAUACCUAAUUUAUUGUGGGGUUUUUUAGCUGUUGUUGUCCUCUGCUGUGUUUAAACCAGAUGACUGUCCCAACAAAGAUCCUUGUAAGGCCUUUUCAUUUUACUGAGCUUGCAAAGUAACUAUCCAGUACUGUAUUGUCCCUGCAGAAGUGGUAGCAUUCUGCGAAAAAGGGAUGUUGUUUUCAGGUCACGAGUGAUGCUCCAAUAUUGCCAAUGGGGAGGGUGUUGUGCCUCUCUCCAUUUGCUUCCCCCAACCCAAAAACCCCAAGCCCCAAACUCCCUUGUUUAGAGCAGGUUAGGGUGGGUUACCUGGAUCUUGCAUUGCUCACAGAUAAGUGGUGUCAGCACAUCUCAGUCAGAUUCUGAAAAUGCAGGAUCAGACCCACAGUUUAUAAAUUGCCUUAUGUGAGAGUAGGAUGGCAUAGCAGUAAGCUUGUAGAUGGCAAUGUUUUUUGGAAACAGGAGAUCUAUCUCCUGGGUCAUGUUCAGCCUCCUGUAAACAGCCAUGACUCCUCCCAUUUUCAGUAUUUUUACAUCUCCUGAAUACCUUGGUUCUGGUUGGUAUUACCUGAUGAAAUGAAUUUCCCAUCUUCUUUGGCUUAGGUCUGAUUCAAAUAGAAAGAGGGACAAGUAAACUCCCAAGUAGGCUGUGCCCACAGUGGUUUUUCAGUUUGCGGGCUGAACUGAAAAAUCUGAGGAAAAAAGUUGUAAGGGUGGCCUGAGACAAUUUUUUUCCCCCAUUUUCUCAGUGGAAUGAAAAAGGGAAAAAUUAAAACAAACAAACAAAUCCUUUCAUGCCAAAAUGAAACAUUCAUUUCUAAGGUUGCAUGUUGUGUCUUGGGCUGUAACAAAUUGCUUUGAAGCAAAAAUGUGAAACCUGUUCUGAAAAUGCUGAAAGAAAAUGUUUUAAUGUUAGUAGUCUUUUUACCUUUGCCUUUCUUCUUAAUCUGAUGACUGAUUACAGUUAAUCCUAAACUGUAUUUUUUGCGAAUACAUUAUCCACUGAAGAGAACCCAAAGAAGCCUAUUGCCCAGUUCUGCUCCACUGACAGGCACACUGGAUACAUUUCAGGGAAUACCUGGUAUCUGGCCCAGCAAAGCUGCUGUUUCCCCAUUUAAUAAUCUUCCACUUGAUUGUUUUACUGGGUGAACAAUAAAAGCAUCUCUCAUCCCAUGCCAUUGACUGGUUUUGUAGCCUGGCUUAGAAAAACAUUCUUGCUCUGGUCUUAGUUUGGUCACAGAUUUAUGACUAUAGAUUUAUGAAACUACUCCAGUUUGAGCCUAUUCCUGUUGUGCAGUGGGAAUUAUCAUUUGCCCCAACUGAUAAGAAAGAAAUAAGGCAUUGCUUUUUCUCCCUUUUUCUGUCUUAGCAGUGUCAGUAGUAUAUCUUUAUUAGAUAGAAUUAAGGAAGGUCCCAGGAUAAAGAUGAAUGUGGUGUUCCAGGUGAGACUCCUGCAUAUACUGCUGUUUUCCAUGGGCAUUCUUCAGCUGUCUGUUUUUAUCACCUUUGUGUUUCUUGGCUGUGAAGGUGAUGCAGUAAAAGGGGUUGUGCAGGUUCAUUCCAGCUGCUCAGAGCUGGUGUUGCUUUGUAUGAUUUGUUUGCCACAGUCCUUGAAGCUUUGUUCACAAUUGCAGAACCCUUUCCUGCCCCACUAUCCAAAGACUGUGGCCAAGGCAGACACCCCCAAGUCAAAGGGGAGCUGAAGCAGGAGUGAGGGCUCCAUAUUCUGCCUGGAAUUGGGAUGUCAGCUCAAUUGAGUUUUGCAGCAGUCUCGGAGGCAAAAGGCCCAAGGCUAAGGAAAUGCUGGGAGAGGAUGGAGAUAUGAUCCAUUAUCUUUUCAUUUUGGAUUGAUGUACUGACUGCCUCACCUCUUAGUUCCAGGAAAGUCCAGAAACUCUUUAUUUAGGGCUAAGAACAAAAUACAAAUACAGAUGUGCAUGGUCAAUAUGAUAACAAUUGCCUUUCACCUGCCAAGGGCACUGAGUUUAGAGUUUCCUCUUUCCUGCUUUGUGUUAGACACACUGAAUGCUCUGCUAGUGUUGAAAAUGUAUUGGGUGCUGUGCAGUCAGUGCCCCAAAACAGGGAAUGUUCUUUGGUGGAGGAUGCAGAGGUGUCUCUCAGCCCUUUCUAGGAAGACCUACAGAUCUUCCACAGACAAGCCUGUGUACAUCUAACACAGUAGCCUCUGAUCUCAGUAGCCUGUGUGUUUUUAUCAUCUGGCCCCACUCUCCAGCUCCUCCCACUUCCCAGCCUCUCCCAUGCUCUUUGAGGAUGAUGGCAGCAUAGGGCAUGUCCCAUCAGCAAAAAGUGCAAAGCUAGAAGAUGCACAAAUGUGUCCGUCAGCAAACCCUAUGCCCUAAUGCAGCUUUAUAGUGCUGAUAUCAGGAAAACAAGCAACAGCUUUUUGUCUCUGGGCUGCCAAAAGGGAAGCUAUUCCUUGCCACCUGGGUACUGGUGCAGACACCUCUCUGCAUGCAUGCUCUGGUUCAGACAUUUCUGCAUAGCAGACUCCUGAUGGAAAGGGUCCCUGUGGUCCCCAGAGGUAGAUUGUACCACCAGUCUUCAUGAAGCAUCAGGUCUGUAGCUGAUGCAUGAGGUCUAAGAAUUAGAAGGUCCUUUUGGAAAUUUUGCUUAUGAAACUAAAUGGACAAGCUACAGCUGUGAAGACUGGUCUGUAUGAGCUUGUACUUUGAUGUGUCCUAUGGCUAUAAUUCCUUCACCUGUUUUUGCAGCAUAUUCUGCUAAUCCUGACCCUAGUCUGCGUUUCAUGUAGAAGGUCCCUACUUGAAACUUGCCAGAUGCAGUCCUGGGCUUAUUGCUUCUCUUUAACUGAAUUAAAUGGGAACUACUUUGGCAAUGUAUUAGCAAUCUCUUUUCCUUCUGUUUAUUCAGUAUCUGAGUUUAAUCACAAUGACCUGAGAAAUGUUUGGAGGUUGAGUGGUUUUUUUUAUUAUUUUAAUUUUUGUUUUGUUUAAACAAAGCUGAACAAUUCCCAUUGUAUUCAGAGCUGUGAUGCCCAGUUCCAGUGACAAGUGCUAGAUGAAUUUGUCCCAUCUUGUUUCUUGGCGAUGUUCAGAAAUAUAAUUUGUGUCAUC